CUAGGGUUCAAUAAUGGAUAAUAAUGGCAUCAAUGAUGAAGAUGAGUACCGUCCUGGUGGAUGUUAUCAUAGACUAUCUAUACAAUUACACAGUAUUGAUAGUCUCCUCUUACUAUUACAAGUAUUAAAAACAGUAUCUGGUAAUAAUAAAGAUACAACACAAGAUGCAUCAACAAUACUUCAUAUAAGGGCAAGUAAUGAUGAUGAUGAGGCCGCAUCAUCAUCAGCAGGAGGAGCAGGAGCAGGCCUUUAUAUAGCUACAGAAUCACUAUCCAAGACUGUCAUAGCUGGUGGUUUCUUUCCGGCACAAUUAUGUCGUGAGUUCGAUUUAAAGGCAUUCACAUUCAACCAUCGUCUAGGGCGACUCCAGGAAUUACCCAUACAGGAGUUCCCUGCCCAAUUCGCUAUCUAUGCAUCUCCACUUAUAAAUGCCCUACAAAUGUUCCGUACUCCUACUCUCCUACGACUCCUUUAUGAUUCGACUCCAAUUGACCUACAUGAUGACAAUGUGGAAGACGACGACGAUGCUACAUUGAAGCUAGUUAUAAAGGAUGAGAGCCUCGGAAGUGUUGCUGAGUGUCAAUGCAUUAUACAUACUUUGGCUAUAAAUGAGGAUGAGCGUAUAGAUGCUAGUGAGGUAUUGGAAGUCUUGAAUGAUGAUGAUGACUUACCAUCAGCUAAAUGUGAUGUGCUUGCAACAGAAGUCCUCUUUGCAAUUGGCCAGGAGCUUACUCUUAGCCCCUAUCUAGGAAUCAAAAGUGAUAUAGCCCAAGGUGCAGCAUCAUCAUCAUCAUCAGUCGAGGCUAAUGUAUCCAUAACGUCACCCUCUGAUACCAAUAUCCCAGCAUUAGAGAUUAAAGCCACCGAUUGGGCAGCUGCUGAUGCAGCAGUGGUUGAGGUUAGACUACCUUAUCGUCCUGGUGUGGUGGAUAAUAUAGCUAUAGCCAAUCCAACUCGGCGGGACUCAGUAUCAACAACAUUACCAUUACCUGGCCUACUCUGCUUAUUACGUUCACCAUGUAUGAAGAAGCAUCUCCGUACCACCUUAUGGAUACAUGCCACUUCACAUGCUCUAUCGGCACGAUGGAGUAUACCAGAUGAGACAUCGGGUAGAACAUCAUCUCUUGUAGCCGUAAAGGUCUCAGCAGUCGCUGAUCAUCAUCAUCGUCAUACUCAUGAUGAUAGCAACAACGAACAUCAUCCUACUAGAUUGAACAAUAGAUCUAGGUAUCAUUAAUUUAU